AUGCGCCCUGAUUACUUGCUCCUUUAUGAACUGCUGGUUGACGUCAUGAGAGCGGGAAAGUUCAGGUAUUCGGACCCAUACGACUGGGAAAUUCGAGGAAAAAAUGAGGAACACAGAGAGUCUUUUGAAAAGAAAAAAGGAGCCUGGUCUGCAUCAAGCACGGAAGGAGCAAAACCUUCGCAGUCGAUCAGUGCUGAAGGUCAACAUGCUACUACAACAAAGCAGUCAGAAACCAUGAUUUAUCAGCUCAUAACCGAAAGUAACCCCUUCCCCCAAGAGUUUUUCGCCUUGAAUGCACUGGGAUUCUGA